CGGGUUUUCGCAGUGGUUCCAACUUCUAUCUUUUUAAGAGCUCUAUACUAUUCAUCAAGUGUUUUCCUGGAAGUGUAGAGGUAGACAAAUCAAUGUAUAUGCAAACAAUACAUAAUACAAACUAGUAAACAAAGCAAUCAACACAAAGCUUUUCCUCACGAAACCUAGGGUUUCUUCAAUUUAAUGGCCACUAAUACCAUAUCACUACUUCCAAUUCCUUCUUCUUUUAGGAAAUCCGACAAUUUUCCAUUACCUCAUCCUCUGAUUCUCAAACCAGACAACUCGCUAAGCUCUUUCAUCGGAACCCAUCUCUCAAUUCAGCUCACCAACCCCUGGAAUCGCCUUUCAAAUCACCGCCGGUCAACUGUCGCAACGGUCUCGUUUAGCCUCCCAACUGCGAAACCAGAGAGGGGUUCUUCUGAAAAACUUCCAAAAUGGUCGGCGAGGGCUAUAAAGUCGUUCGCGAUGGCCGAGCUAGAAGCGAGGAAGCUCAAGUAUCCAAAUACUGGGACUGAAGCUCUUUUGAUGGGUAUCUUGGUUGAGGGAACCAGUUUAGCUGCAAAAUUUUUGAGGGCAAAUGGAAUUACCCUUUUCAAAGUGCGAGAUGAAACUGUAAACUUACUUGGAAGGUCUGACUUGUAUUUUUUCAGCCCCGAGCAUCCUCCAUUAACCGAACCAGCUCAGAGGGCUCUUGAUUGGGCUGUUGAUGAGAAACUGAAAUCAGGUGAAAAUGGGGAAAUAACUACAACUCAUUUGCUUCUUGGGAUUUGGUCGGAAAAAGAAUCAGCAGGCCAUAAAAUAAUGGCUGCCCUUGGUUUUGAUGAUGAAAAAGCUAAAGAGAUUGCCAAAUCUAUGAAUGUGGAUAUAGUCUUGAGCUUUAAGUAGGGACUGGGAAAAGUUUUGGAGUGUUGUGACUUGCUUUGUUGCCUUGGGACCUUCACAGAACAGACUGCAGUCAUAUUGUUUCAGAUGUCUGGAAGCAGCAGGAAAUCGUUUGAAUGACGAACGAGUAGGCGGGACAUUUGAUAAUGGAAUUCAUUUUGUUGUGUUUUCUUUAGUAGUUAAAAAGGAGCCUGUUUUAUUUGCUUAUUUUGUUUUUUCAUGGCAGUUAUGGAUUGGGAUAGGCAUCUAUUAUGCUGAUUGAAGUCAUUUUAGGGUUAUGGAUGUAACAAGGUCUUUGGAGUUGGUGCAAUUCAAAGUAGGAAACAAGUAACCAGUCAGUUGAGGAACUCUAAUUCUUGUGUUCGAGAAGACAAUGAAUGACCCAGAAAGGGUAAUGUUGUCGAGGAGAAUAAAAUUUUGUUAGAAAUGUCA